CCGACACACGGACCGCAGCCGCCCGCACCGCAGGCGCCACACCCCUCCCCGGCGUCGCCCUUCAAUGCCGUCACGCCCGCGCCUUGCGUCCGGCGCGCCGGGGCGGAGGCGGGACUUCCGGGCGCGCGGAGGCGGGACUUCCGGGAGCAGGCGGAAGAGCCUCUGGGCGCUGGGCUCGGGCGUCCGGGGGCCGCUGAGGGGCCGCUCGGGGUGCAGGAGAGGGCCGCCGGGCCUGGCCGGCCGCGCUCGAGGUGUCGGGCCGCGGGCCUGAGGGAGGAGGAGGGGCCAUGGCCGGCGACGGGGCCCGGAAGCGGUUCUGGAGGCGCAGCAACGGCGAAGUCCCGGGCAGCAUCCAGCAUGUGUACGGCGCCCAGCACCCCCCCUUCGACCCACUGUUACACGGCACCUUGCUCAAGGGCGCGCCCAAGGCGCCCGCCACACCCGUGAAGGCCAAGAGCAUCAGCACCUUCCCGGAGUUUGAGAGCAACACCAGCGACGCCUGGGAUGCCGGCGAGGACAAUGACGGGCUCCUGGCCGUGGCAGCCGAGAGCCUGAACACCGACGUGGUCAUGGAGACGGCCCACCGCGUCCUGCGCAACCACAGCCAGCGGCAGGAGCGCCGCAAGCCGCAGGAGGCGCCGGGCCCCGAGCAGGAGCCACAGCCUUCGGCAGAGCCUCCUUCGGUCCCGAGCGGUGACCUCGGCUGGUGAAGUCCCUCAGCGAGAGCCACACAUCCUGUCCUGCAGAUAGCGCCGGCGACACUGCUCCUCUGCAGCGGUCCCAGUCUCUCCCACACUCGGUGGCGGCCGCCGUGGGUGGCACGUCUGACCCCAGCGCCCUCAGCAGCUCAGCGUUAAGUGAACGAGAGGCCUCCCGGCUCGACAAGUUCAAGCAGCUCCUUGCCGGCCCGAACACAGA